AUGGUCAGACCCGCCAAAAAGAACGUUUUGACAGGUAGCGAUCGAAUUUCAUCAUGUAGAUUCUGUCAUGUUGGCGACAUUUUUAUGUACUUUAUAUGGAUCGGUUGGGCCAAGGCUACUGCACGUCCAAUACCAAAAGCUGUGACUACAACGCUGGUGGUGACUUGUAUAUCUCAAAGACAGUUCGACGGCAAGCGACAAUAUCUUGUCAAGUGGCAUGGCUAUCCAAAAGCAAAUAAACGUGAAAGCCAGAGAGAAAUAUCAAGCACGUAUUCCACUUCAGGCAUUUACUCGCGAAUACAGCGGGAUUUCGCGACGCUCUUCUCCUCUCUUCUCUUUGGGGGGGAUAUAGCAGAUCUUUUAUUUAAAGAGUGA